AUUUUGCUUGCCUGCUUUGUUGCAAUAUACAUGGUUGAGGACAUAGUGGACGACGGGGUCAUUUCGCCAAUGGGGCGGAAUGGCCAACGCUGUGUUUUCAAUGAUAAUUGUGGUUUAAAGUUAAAUUAGUAGCUAAAACUAGGUGAUCCUUCGCUGAUAAUGCAAAAUAAGCAAAAGACAAAUUUAAAUCUAUUUUAUGUGCGGAAAAAUCAAUCGAAGUACAAGUUGCGAAAAUGUGAAAAAAAAAUUAUAAGAAAAGCGGUGUCAAAAAUAAGGAUUUGGUCAUCUCCUGCGUCAUUUAUUUAAUUUUGUGGUGUAAGACAAUAUUGCUGAUUGGUUUCGUGAACGUUUAGUAUUUUAAUUUAUUAUAUAAUAUCGCUUAUUUGAACAAAUUCUAAUAAACAAAUUCCGCUCUCUCAUCGGGGCGGAAUGAGCACCACUAUGCGGGGUGACGUGGGCAUAUAAAAAUGAGCCAUAACCUAUAAUUUCAGUAUUGUUUACUUCUGCACUCGCGGACACCGCUUCAUAUUUUCGGUGGAUUAAAUCGCAAAUUGAACGGUAAACAUGGUUCGGUGUUAUAAAAGUACCGGUAAAAAGAAACAGUGGUCGUCUUCAAACCUUCUCGCCGCGAUAGAAGCAGUGAAUCGUCACGGAUUAUCAAAAAAACAGAGCAGCAAUAGAACAUGGUGUUCCACGUCAAACCCUGAACCGAUAUUUGAACCUUCCGAAACAGAACGUAUGCGAAUUGAUGAUGCUGGACAACACCGUGUUUUCCCGACAGCAAGAAGAAGAACUUGUGCAGUACAUAGUGGACAUGGACAAACGCCUAUAUGGCCUUACUCUUCGGGAUAUAAGAAGCGUCGCGUAUCAUCUGGCGGAACGAAAUAAAACAAAUUCAAUAAGAAAACACAAUUGGCAGGAUCGGAGACGAGCCAGCCAACGGCUGGGAAAGUCUCCUUAAUAAAGAUAUAUAAAAAAAAAAAAACCCUCAACUUACUUUGCGGACGCCAGAACGAACGUCGAUUGCUAGAGCACAAGCAUUCAACAAAGGGGCUGUCAAUGGAUUUUACGAUAUUCUGGAGAAGAUCUUCGAUAUGGCGAGAUGGACCGUCACACGGUCUAAGCCAGGGAAAAGAGGAGCAGCAAAAAAAAAAAAAAAAGAUCUUCGAUAACACUGUGUUCCCUGCCAGCAGAACAUACAACGUGGACGAGACGUCGAUUGUUACGGUAUGGAGUAUGAAUGUUUUCAAAAGCCAAAUCUUAUGAGUUUUACCUAGGGGAAAUGUUGACUUCGGCAAUACCUUAACCUAUUAUCGUCAGGGGGGUAAACAAAGUCCUAGAGCACUCAAAUUUGGCCAAUAGAUGCUCUGAAACACAAUGUAUCCACAUGCCCAAAUUGAGCUCUCAAGGACGUUGUUUACCCCCCUGACGAUAAUAGGUUAAGGUAUUGCCGAAGCCAACAUUUCCCCUACUUUUAUUACAUUUUUAGGUCCAAACAAAAACAUCAAAGGUCGUAUCUUUGAGAGGAAAGCGUCAGGUAGGAUGCAUUGCUUCUGCAGACAGAGGAGUCCUGACUACAGCUUGCAUAUGUAUGUCUGCUGUGGGACACUUUAUCCCACCCAUGUUAUUAUUCCCGCGGGCACGACUGACAGAACAGCUACAAAAGGGAGCGCCACCGGAAACGUUAUUCAGUUGUAACACGUCGGGUUGGAUGACAAUUGCCGAUUUUUCAGCAUGGUUCGAACACUUCUUGGCACAUACAAGGCAUACAAAGGAGAGCCCGGUACUGCUUCUACUGGACGGACAUGCUUCGCAUACAAAAAAUCUAGAUUUUCUGGAUAAUGCCAAGCGUUCUUAUGUUACGGUGAUUUCCCUACCUCCACACUGUAGUCACAAACUGCAGCCUCUUGAUGUCAGCUUCAUGGCGCCUCUUAAAACUAACUUGUCGCAAGUUAUUGAGGCAUACUUAAAGAAGAAUCCUGGCAAGGUCAUCACACUGAAUGAAAUAAGUGCACUUUUCCGAAAAGCUUAUCUUCGCUCUUUGACAGCCUCUGUUGCAGUAAAUGGAUUCCGCAAAACUGGCAUCGUACCGUUCAACAGGUCAGUAUUCACCGAUGAUGACUUUGUGCCAGCGGAUGUAUCGGACAUACCCUUCGCAUCAGCGAAUGUAUCGGACAUACCCUCAAAUAACGAAACUGAAAAAGCAUCGAGAAACGAUAACCAGUCAGACGACGAAGAUGAACCGCCAUUUCUAGGUUUCGACGAUGUAGAUCGUGUUUUUGCAAACAACGCAUCUGUUGAGGAGAGAAGAGAUGUUUCAACCAAAUCCUUGAAUGGGUUAAACAAGUCGUUUUCCAUAGGGCCAUUAGAAAUCCGGCCUUUACCUAAAAUCGCGCUGAAGGAACAAAAGAGAGGAAGAAAGAAAGAAAAAUCUGCUGAAUUGACAUCUAGACCACAUCGAAACGCGCUGAAGUUAUUGCAAGCUACCAAGGAAAUAAACCAACUGAAAACAACAGAAAAAGUAUGUGGAAAGCGUCCUCAAGGUAAACCUAUAACACGAAGAAGACAGAAGGAGAACAGGGAUGUACGGGACAUACUAUGCGAGAGUUGCGGCAUCUGUUUCAGCUCAUCAGGUGAUGGAAAUUGUUGGGAGAAAUGCAUCAAAUGCCACAUGUGGUGUGCAAAGACUUGUAUUAGUUGUUCUUCGUAAUAACUAUGAAUUAAUUGUUUGUUAACUCAUGUUA